AUGCCUAAUCUGAACUUCCGCCCUGCCCCUCAGCUCACCAGUCAAUCAAAGCACAGGUUUCAUGAGUCCGCUCUAGGCGGCUCAGAGCACUCUGUGCCCCGGCAGUUCCGUUCUUUCCCGGUGCGUCCGUACAAGCCCUCCGGCGGAAUCUGCGGGCAGGAGGACGCAGGCGCAGGGUCGCCGGCGGCGUGCAGUGGUGAAGGACGGACGGGACCCAACACCGAGCAUCCCUGCGGACGCUCCUCGGCCGGGAGCUGUUUUCUGGACUCUGGGCCCGGCAGUUCCUGACCUAGGACGUCUCGCCACGCACUGUCCCCCUCUCUCGGGCCUUUCCCUCACCUCCAAGUAGUAACCAAGCUCAGAAUACAGCUCGCGCCCACUGUGCACUUAGCACUUCUCACUUGCAGUCUUCUGACCUUACCUCCCUCUCGAGAAGGCUACUGCCAUCGCUUAACUGAGGAAGCCAAGGUACAGGGCGGUUUCAGACCUGUUCCGGUGGAGAUGGAAUUCGAGAACAAACCGCUUGGUGCCAACAUGCGCGUGCGGAACAGGCGGCGGGCGGUGGUGAAGCGGCGGGAGGGGAGAGGCCAGGUACCACGCGGGCCGGUGAGGAGCACGGGCCAGAAGGGAGGACUCACCAAAAUCGAAAGGAAAGCAGCCGGUCUUCAGCGGGACAGUGGGAGCAUUGAGACAUCAGGGAAUGAGGCGGGCGGGCAAAUCAAGAGGUCAGGAUUGAGGUGCGUCGCUCUGCUCCGGGCGUGCGGGCGUCGGCCGCGGUCUCUGCGCUGGGAUGAGCCGGGCUCCCGGUGGAAGCGAGGGAACCCAGCCGCAGCAGCCAUGGCCAGUACAAUGGUAGCAGUUGGACUGACCAUUGCAGCUGCAGGAUUUGCAGGCCGUUAUGUUUUGCAAGCCAUGAAGCAUAUGGAGCCUCAAGUAAAGCAAGUUUUUCAAAGUCUACCAAAAUCUGCCUUCAGUGGUGGCUAUUACAGAGGUGGGUUUGAACCCAAAAUGACAAAACGGGAAGCAGCAUUAAUACUAGGUGUAAGCCCUACUGCCAAUAAAGGGAAAAUAAGAGAUGCUCAACGACGAAUUAUGCUUUUAAAUCAUCCUGACAAAGGAGCAUCUCCUUAUAUAGCAGCCAAAAUCAAUGAAGCUAAAGAUCUACUAGGUCAAGCUAAAAAAUGAAGUAAAUGUAUCAUGAAUUUUAAGUACAUAUUACUUUAUGUAUAUGAGUACUAACUUUUUAUAAUAAAAUGCCUCAGAGUUACAGUUU